AUGACUUCGAGAUUUCCUACGCCGGAGGAGUUCGCAUCGUUUCCGCCGCCUAACUAUGUCGACCCGGCGAACCACUUGACAUUGGCAUUGGCGAUACUGGUUCCACUGACUGUCCUUGUCAUUGGGUUCAUAUCAUGUCGCUUCUACUGUCGGACAGUGCUCGUUAAUACAUUGGGAUGGGACGACUGGACGAUGCUGAUGGCAGCGGUGAUGUCGGUUGGAAGCAACGUUAUGCUCAUUAUAUCGAUGCUGCCAGAUUACCAAAUGGGCUACCAUCUAUGGGAUAUCAAACCAUUGCGACUCUUUGGGACGAUGAAGGCCGCUCAAAUGGGCAUGGCGACUCAAUUGCUCUUCACUGCCAUCAUAACAUUCAUGAAGGUCGCAAUUCUUCUUACCUAUAUACGCAUAUUUCCAUCCAAGCUCGAUAAGUGGUUCUGCCGCUUGAUGAUCUUCUACACGGUCACUCUGAACACGGCCUGCUUCUUCAUCACCUUAUUUCAAUGCUCACCUGCAAGCACAUACUGGGAGAUCUUCAAAUACAUCGACACCGCCAAGUGCCUCAACAUCAAGGCCAUCUACUAUUUCCACUCGGCACAGAACACCUUCAGCGACUUCGUUAUAUUCCUAUGGCCCGCGAGAAAUCUUUUGAACGUCCAAGUAUCGCUCCGUCAGCGCGUGACGUUGACGAGCAUGUUUUCGCUUGGUGUUAUUGUUUGCAUCGCCGGCGUUGUGCGACUAUACUACACGCACCUAUACCUUGUAUCAUUCGACGUCUUUUGGUAUGGAGCUACCACCUUCAUCAUCAUGUCUGUGGAGAGCGGUGUAGGCGUCGUAUGUGGCUGUCUCCCAGGCUGCAAACCCCUGAUGAACAAAAUGUUCCCACGCGUCUUCGGCAACACAUCGCAAGCAUCGUCCCGUCGCCGCCCAUCAAAUAACUUCCUCGGAGGCAAGUUUGCACCGACAUCGUCUUCUUCGGCAGGAAAAUCUGAACAGGGAUCAUACCGCAUGAAGCCUAUCCAUCCUCGUCCCGAGAUAGGGCGCGGUGCGACAAUGGAGAAGCGACCCCAACCAGACGUUGAGAAGCAGCUCCCCCCGCCACCACCACCACCGUCACACCACGGGCUGCGGCCGCCCAGCCGAUCAGCGUUUACCGGACGGAGGCAAGGAGACGCGUACAGAGAGCUCCAGGGCAAUGGAAGUGACUCCAGUAUAGAGAUAUUCCUUUUACAGCGUCAUUAAACCAUGUUAUCCCUACCUGAGGAACAGAAGGAAUUGAGAUAGACAAAAGAAUGCUCGUGCUUUUCAGUGUCGCACCGCCCUAAUGACCCAGAAGUUCAUUAUGCCGCUGAUGUCAUCGACCGCACGUCUUUUGUCACAUUUGCGUUUGUACUACUGUGGACGCUAGAAGCCCGUUUGACCCCGCCCCUGAGCGCACAAAUAGAGUCGCGUCCCGUGUUAAAAGAGUCGGCGGGGAAGGCGGCAUGGCGGAUAGCUUGCGGUUACCCCACUUCGCGUGUUUGCUACCUCGCCUCAUUGCGUCUCAGUGUCUCGUCAUUUCUCCGUUUAGCCUGGCCGCUUCUGCCUUCCGAACAACAAACAAGGCUUUGCAAGCACAACAUGGGAUGUCUCUCGCUUCGACGGAUCGGAAAGAGAACGAGACAGUACUGAUGGUAAAGAACUAACGAUG